GAGAGAGAGCAAAUAUGGAGGAGGAGGUGAAGAUCCGCUGCUUUUGUUCCAAAAUAAAAUAAGCAGCCGGACAGGAGCUCCGCGGGGAGGAGACACACCGAGGCUCGUCGGAAACCAAGCCGGGAGGAAGCGACCUCUGCGCGGAUAACGCGUUUCAGGAGGACCCGCCGACAUCUACGGAGCCGAGAGAAAAGCCAAUAUUCAGAAAAAGUCUGCUUGGACUUCCCUCCGACACAUGGCCGAGACAGAGGAGCCACUUUAACUCUCACACACAGUCACAGUGGACGAACUGGGGAAGAGACGUUCAUUUACAACCUUGAUGAGUUCAGUUCACAGCUCAGUAGUGGAGGUGAAGAGCAGCCUCCCGUCGGGGAUGCAGAGCCCGGUGGGAACAGCCAAUGAGCACAGAGGAGGAGGUGGAGAGGCUGGUGGGGGUCCCGGGGAAGGCCCAGGAGGGGUAGGAGGUGGAGGAGGAGGCCCGAUGGACCUGCGGACGGAGCCCAGGGUGGGCUCUCUGUCCGGGGGGGCCGCGGCGGUGGACACGACCUUGAGAGAGCAGCAGCUCCAGCAGGAACUGGUGAUACUCAAACAGCAGCAGGAGCUCCAGAAACAGCUGCUGUUUGCAGAGUUCCAAAAAAAACACGAAGUGCUAACAAGACAACACGAAGUCCAGCUGCAGGAGCACCUGAAGCAACAGCAGGAGCUGCUGGCAGCGAAGCGGCAGCAGGAGAUGGAACAGAAGAGGAAACAGGAGCUACAACGACAUGAAGAACAGGAGAAACAGAGACUAGAGCAACAACUGCUGCUGUUGAGGCACAAGGAGAAAGGAAAAGAGAGUGCCAUUGCCAGCACGGAAGUGAAGCUGAAGCUCCAGGAGUUCCUGCUCAGUAAGAAAGAACCUGGUCCUGGUGGACUGAACCAUUCCUUCUCCCCAAAAUGCUGGGGACACACCUCCCUGGAGCAGGGCUCUCCUCCCCAGAGUAACACCCCAGGAACUCCUCCCUCCUACAAACUGCCUCCAAUGCUUGGAAGCUACGAGGGCAAAGAUGAUUUCCCGCUUCGCAAGACGGUCUCGGAACCCAACCUGAAGGUGCGUUCACGGUUGAAGCAGAAGGUGGCGGAGAGGCGGAGCUCUCCACUUCUCCGCAGGAAGGAUGGAACUGUCAUCAGCACCUUUAAGAAGAGAGCCAUAGAGAUAUCAGUCUCCUCCCUCUGUAACAGCGCUCCAGGUUCAGGUCCCAGCAGUCCCAACAGUUCCAACUCAGCCAUCGCCAACGGCAACACGGGAUCAGUCCCCAACAUACAGACUGAGCUGAGAUCUCUCCAUCAGACGCUGGGGGCCGAUGGGACUUUGAGUCCGCUGAGUCUCUACACUUCGCCCUCGCUGCCAAAUAUUUCCCUGGGGCUUCCUGCGAACACACACAUCACGGCCCCCCAGAAGCUGACUGCCCAGCAGGAGGCGGAGCUACAAGCCAUCCAAUCCCUGCGAGGAGGCGGAGCUCUCACAGGGCAGUUUCUGUCCACGUCCUCCCUCCCUGCAGGGGUCAUACACGACGUGGAGACUCCGCCCACCAGCUCUCAUUCGGCCCAUUCCUCAUUACUGCAACAUGUUCUGCUGCUGGAGCAGGCCCGACAACAGACUGCUAUGCUAGCUGUCCCCAUGUACAGCCAGUCGCCGCUGGUUACGGCAGAGAGGGGUGUGUCAGGUGGGAUGCGCACGGUCAACAAGCUGCCUCGCCAUCGCCCGUUGGCUCGUACCCAGAGUGCACCUCUGCCCCAGUCCCCACAGGCCCUGCAGCAGCUGGUGGUUCAGCAGCAGCACCAGCACUUCCUGGAGAAACACUACAAGAUGCUUUCCAAGGGGACUGAACUUCCCAGGCCACCCCCCACCCACCCAGAGGAGACGGAGGAGGAGCUAACAGAGACCAACGACAUGCAGGAGGACGACGGAGGGAUGGGACCUCACAGGCUUCAGAAAGAGGGGUCAGACGACAGCACGCCCUCCUCUGAGAGACUCAGCGUGCACCUGAAGCUGGAGGAGGAGCACGGGGGCAUGCAGGUGAAAGGAGAGAGCACAGAGAGUGAGCUGGAUGAAGAGGAGGAGGAUGAAGAUGUCAUCCAGCUGGAGGAGGCUGACGAGGAGGACCGGGGGAUGUACACGCAGGCCUUGCAGCAGCUGGGCGUGUUCCAGUUGCCCCACAGACCUCUGGGACGAGCGCAGUCGUCCCCCGCAGCCACUGUCAAUCUCAUCAAACACCUCUUCACCACUGGCCUUGUAUACGACAGUCUGAUGUUGAAGCAUCAGUGUGUGUGUGGCAAUGCUCACAUCCACCCAGAGCAUGCUGGGAGAGUUCAGAGCAUCUGGUCCAGACUGCAGGAGACAGGCCUGCUGAACCGCUGCGAGAGGAUUCGUGGGCGUAAAGCGUCUCUGGAUGAGAUCCAGUCCGUUCAUUCAGAGUUCCACACUCUGCUCUAUGGAACCAGUCCGCUCAAUCGACAUAAACUGGACCACAAGAAACUGCUGGGUCCGAUCAGCCAGAAGAUGUACGCUGUUCUUCCCUGUGGAGGAAUCGGGGUGGACAGCGACACGGUGUGGAACGAGAUGCACUCGUCGGCAGCGGUCCGCAUGGCGGUGGGCUCGGUCAUCGAGCUGGCCUUCAGAGUGGCGGCAGGCGAGCUGAAGAACGGCUUCGCAGUGGUGCGACCGCCAGGCCACCACGCCGAGGAGUCCACCGCCAUGGGCUUUUGUUUCUUUAAUUCUGUCGCCAUCACCGCCAAGCUGCUGCAACAGAAACUAGGAGUGGGCAAGAUCCUUAUUGUGGACUGGGACAUUCACCACGGCAACGGCACACAGCAGGCCUUCUACAGCGACCCCAGCGUCCUCUACAUCUCCCUCCAUCGGUACGACAACGGAAACUUCUUUCCUGGCAGUGGAGCUCCUGAAGAGGUGGGAUCGGGUGCAGGUGUUGGUUUUAAUGUCAACAUAGCAUGGACUGGAGGAGUGGAGCCCCCUAUGGGUGAUGUGGAGUACCUGACUGCCUUCAGGACUGUGGUGAUGCCCAUCGCCCAGCAGUUCAGCCCAGAUGUGGUCCUGGUGUCUGCAGGCUUUGAUGCAGUGGAGGGUCAUCAGUCGCCUCUGGGGGGCUACAACGUUUCCGCCAAGUGUUUCGGUGAGCUAACGCAGAUGCUGAUGGGUCUGGCGGGGGGGCGGGUUGUCAUGGCGCUGGAGGGUGGUCAUGACCUCACCGCCAUUUGUGACGCAUCCGAGUCGUGUGUCUCUGCGCUGGUGGGAGACGCGUGUGACUCUGAGUGUCAGUGGCCUCAGGAAACGCCGUGUCCCAAAGCCUGCGCCUCUCUGGAGCGAGUGAUCGAGAUCCAGAACAAACACUGGCCCUGUCUUCAGAGUUUGUCUCAGACCAGUGGCCACUCGCUACUGGACGGCCCCCUUGGUGUUCAGGGCCAAUCAGAGAAAGACGAUGCAGAAACCGUCAGCGCCAUGGCGUCGCUGAGCGUGGACGUGGAGCCGCCCGGCGCCGGUCCCGGGAACUCGGAAACCAGCAGGUCCACAGAGGAGCCAAUGGAAGAAGAGCCUGUGUUGUAGGAGGAGCUUAAAGUGGAAGCGCACGAAAAACUCCACAUUCACCUCCUUCUAGCACCUCCUUUCCUCUUCCUUUUCUUCCUCCUCCUUGGAGUUUGUUCGGCACACACGCACAGUGGAAUGAGGAGGACUCUGAUUGGGUGAGGAGAACAUUA